GAAAUCAGAAGUCGUCCAAGGAAUGUUCCGUAUGGUCGCGUCUGGUGCCGUCUACAAACUAAUCGGUUAUUUCACUCAAGUUCUCUCAUCUCUGCGGUGAUGGCCAUUUUACUUUGAAUCUUCUGAAUACGGGGUUUGUACUGGAUAUCACUGUAUUACUAAAUAGAACUCUUCUGUCAUGGGCACGUCGUGGUUUUAAUGGUAAUUAAUGGCUUAGAAAUAUAAUAAUCAAAAAUAUGAAUUAACAGUCAAAAGUUUCCCGUUAAAGUAACACCACCUUUUCUUGAGUGAAAUUCGUACCUCAUCAAGUAACAUCAAAUAAAAACAUGAAACCAUCAAGGAAGAGUUUUGAAGAUCUCAUUCAUUUUUGUAAAAUGAAAGAAGAAAGUACAGUUCUACAACUUCUUGAUGAAGGUGUCUUCAUCAAUGAUUCGGAUGAAAAUGGAAUCACACCUCUUCAUGUUGCUUCAGCUGUAGGUGCUCAAAAUAUAGUAAAGGUUCUGGUGUUGAAAGGAGCUGAUAUUGAUAAAUCAACAAAUUUAGGAUGGACACCUAUCAUGUAUUCUGCCAGAAAUGGACAUUCAAAAUGCAUUCAGCAGCUAAUUGCUCUUGGAGCAAAUGUACAUCACGUGAAUAAAUUUGGAGUCAGUGUAUUUAGUAUGGCCACUGCAAGUGGAAAUAAAGAAAUAAUUGAAAUCCUUCUACAAGAAGAACAAAAAGAAUUAUUAUCUGAGAAUGUUAUUUCACCUCUUCAUAUAACUGCAUUGCUGGGUCACUUCCAUACUUUGUCAUCAUUACUUGGCUCUCAGAUUCAUCUAAUAAAUAAAAGUGAUAAACACGGUAUUACACCUUUAAUGCUGGCUGUUGCUGGUGGCCAUGAAGAGGUUAUAAAAAUCCUUUUGGAUUUUGGUGCUGAUACUAAUCUCUACAAUUCUCAUCAUUGUACUGCUCUUGAUAUUGCUUCUACAAAGCGAUUCAAGAAAAUUGUUCAUCUAUUGGCAGAUAAAACUAAGGAAGGUAAAAAUGUUCAUUCUCCAGAAGUUGGGUCCGAUUUAAUUGAACAAUAUGGUUGGUCAUCAGUGUGUACUCCAAAACCAAGGAGCUAUACAUGGCAUAGUGGUACGCCUAAAGAAAAUAUGUUUAAUUUUCCCACUUCUGAAAUAACACCAAGAAAUCCUAAUAUUGCUUCUCAAGAAAAUGAGGAUAGAUCACUAUUAUUUACUCCAGUUUAUUUGCCGUUGAAAGAUUUUCCACAGGUUUCUGUUAAUACAAAUUUGGAAACAAAUGUAUGUGCACAGACAAAUGCAACUUGUGUACCUGUACCACCUGUAUCUCCAUAUAAUUGUUCUUCAUCUCCUUUUCACUUUCCUAAAACCGUUACCCCCAAAAAACACCAUUCUUUAGGAAGCUUGAAUCACCAUUACUCAUAUCAUGAACGACAAAGACUAAAAUAUUCUACAAGAGAAGAGAAAAGUUCUCUUCAAGAAUCAAAUGGGAAGCUUCAAGGAAUAAGUGGAUAUGGAAUCCUUUUUGAUGUUGCGUGAAGAAGAUAUGGAAGAAAUGGGGAUAAUAAGCCCCAAAAGCAAAAGUAAAUUACUUGAAAUAAUAAUGAAUUUUCAAGAAGACAGUUAAAUGCAUAACUAUGAUGAUGGUUUUACAGUUGAACUGAUUGUUUUAAAAUGUAAUUUGACUAAUAUUGCAAAAUAUGCUUAAGUGAACAUCAACAAAAUUUAUUUUCUUGUUCCUUAACUAAAACUAUUUUGGUAUGAAAUAAGAAUAUUAAUUAAAUAUGUUAAAAUAUUUUGACAAGUAAUAUUAUUGUUUAAAGAAAUGAAAUAUUAAAAAUAAUGCUUCAUGGAACCACUUUCUUAAAAACUUACAUUAUUGCUUUUAAAAUUAUUUUUUGUUAAGAAAUCAAAAACUUGUACUUUGGUGUUCAUCAUGCCACAAGAAUCAGUUAUGUUAUCCUGUGGAUUCAGAAUAUUUAUUCUUUGAAAAGUUUUGAAUCUUGGUCUGAAUGAUGUGACUGAUGAUAGCAACGCUUCUUAGAAGAUAGUUCCUGUAACACAAAUGAGAAGAAAGUUGACAUGAAAUGUAACUUUUAUCCAAUUAAGCUUUUUUACCAUGUAAUUGCCUAAAAAAAUAACAAAUGAUACAAUAAAGCAUAGACUUUCCCUUAAUACA